CUCAUCAUCCUCAAUGGGAUCUGGUUUCAGGACAGAUUCUAUGCUUUGAGUGUGGAAGGCACGCUCGCUGUUGUAGAAGAAGAUGUGAACUCCGAUCUGCGGAUUACGAAAUUGGGCAAGGAGAGAGUGGUUCCUGAUUCAGAUCUGGCCGCUACGCCGGGGUUCAGGGAGUGUUUGGUGGAAUCAGAAGGGAAAGUAGUGCUGGUUUUUCUGUGUUCGACUAGAUCUAUGGAGACGGUGGAUCGUGUGGAGGUUUACAGGCUAGAAUUGAAGGAGCUGGCGUGGGUUAGGGCGAGGAGCAGCGUUGUUUCUGGGCUCCAAUGCUAA